ACUGUGAGGAGAUAUUCCAGGUUGCACAAUGGAACUGAAAUAAAACCCUAGCUGAUCAAUUUUAUAACAUGCUGUGUGAUUAGUAUGACCUCUUGUGUUAAACACAGGAAUAUUCAUUUUUUACUUGCAUAAUGCAAGUAGAUGAAAUGUCUGAAAGUUAGUAACAACACUGCUCUUGCCAUUUCUAUAAAUCAACAGGUUAGCAGCGGUGGAGAGGCUUGUAAGUUUUAUAUAUGAAUUAGAAAAAUAAACGCCAUAAUUUCCCCAUAUGGAAUACACCUACCAUAUAUUUUGGUCUACUGACACUUUUAAAGUUCAAUUUUUUCUUCAAAAUUAAGAUUAAAUUGCAGGACAACGCCUCAGUGACUUCUAAAUAAAACAUGCAGAUUUACAAUUUUCUCAAUAAGCCUUUCAUCAUAAACUAGGUCCUGAGGACUUCUGUUAAGGAGAACGCUUAAAAGGUUUAAGCAAACAUUAAGGACACGGCAUGAACACAAAAGGGGUGAUUAAACCUUGGCUUACCUAAAUCUUUAACUAGUCCACAAAACAUCUAUUUUAACAGCAUGCUUGUGCAGGACUUUCAUUUACAGAGUGAUAAAAGCCCAGGUUCCUUUAAGAUUCUCAUUUUCUAAGAUCCAUUUGAUUUGUAUGCGUUUGAAAACACAGGCAAGAUAGAAACAGUGAGAUGGAAUUAUAGCAACUAGUUUUUUUCGAACAAACAAUGGAAGAUUUGAAGCUGUGCCAAACAGCCUGUUCAUUCUUGAAAAUGUCUUUUUUCUUGGUCUUUGGUGCUCAAGCGAACUGAGUGCAAUGGAGAGCAUCCAAAUACACUUCAAUGUAAUUUAAAAACACCAACUGAAGUACUUGGAAAGUGCUUUAUCAUUCACUCAAGAAUGUGUGUGUGGAUUUUUAUGCACAAGUUGCCUGUAUUGGUCACUCUCUAAAUAAUCUAUAUUGUACAACCAUGAUAUUUACUGUAUUAGUGAGGGUUGUUUGUGUGUGAGCAAUAUGUGCUUUAUUUAAAGGUACACCUUGGAAUAAAUCAGUGGAAUUUUAUAGCCGAGUAUAUUUUAAAACUUUGUUAACGCCUCACCCAUAUUUCUAAUCUGCAAGCCAUUCAAGGCUCUAGAGUUUCAGAGGAAACUGGAUGUUGUGUUAGACAUAGAAAUUUUAAGGGCAUAGGCUUUUAUCCUAGAAGGGCUUGGUGAGUUUUGUCUUUAAUGUUAGCGAGAAGUUGAAGAUGUAAAGAAACCUUCCACACUAUCAAAUUUCCUAGUUGAUUUUUCAAGCUGCUAGAACAGUGCUGCCUGACUGGAGAAAAAAAACAACAAACCCAAAACAAAGCCAACAAAACCAAACAAACAGAAACUCUCCAACAAAACAAACCCUCUUGUAAUCUCACCUAGGGGACAGGAAUGGCACACCUGUAACAAGGUAAGUCACUUACCGCGUUCACGAUUGCUCUCUUAAAGACUCUUUCUUUAAGUAAAUGCAGGGACUCUGCCUGGUGCAGACAUUAUUCUGCCACAGGGAGCUGCGGGAAUGAAUUAUUCGGUGACAGUUGGGAGCGGAAGGGGAAGAGGCAGAAUGGUAGCCAGCGACUAGCGCAAGGACUGCACUGUUGCGGGGGGACGCAGCCACCAAGCGACACCGACCCUGUUCCACGGUGAAGCUCCAGCCGGAGCGGAGCUCCCGGGUGUCCCGGGUGGCGGCCGGCGGGAAGGGGCAGCCCCCGGCCCUCCCGCUCCCGGUGACAGGCGGAGAUGUGCCGGGGCGGGCUCUCCGCUACCCGGCCCCACGGCAGCUCCCAGGGCCACUGCCUCUCCCGUCUCGCUGCGGCGGCCCGCAGCAGGCGGCGGAGCGGAGCAAGCGCGGCGUUGUGUUUUGCAGGGCGGCGGCGGCGGCGGCGACGGGCGAGAGACGCUGCUGGACAGCUCCGGAGCGCGGCGCCCAUGUUCCGGAGACGGUGCAGAUGUGACGUGAUGCCCAUUGUUUUGGUCCGCCCGACCAAUGGAACGCAGCGGCUGGAUCCUACGGGUGCCGGGAUGGGCCCUUCGUGGCGGCAGCAGGACUCUCCCCUGCCGACCAUAACGCAUUGCGCAGCGUGCACCACCGCCCGGUCCUCCUGCGGCUUUAACGGCAGCGGCAUGGAGGCGCCGCGCCAGUUUCCGGCGGGCUUCGGCCCCGAGCAGCAGCAGCAGCAGCAGCAGCAGCAGCAGCAGCAGCAGCAGCAGCAGCAGCAGCAGCAGCAGCAGCAGCAGCGCCCGCUGCACUGUCAGCAGCAGCACGGCCAGGACAAGCAGAGCCUCCUCCAGCAGCAGCAGCAGAGCCCAUGCCUCCAGUGCAACAACUGCGCCUACUACGGGGCUGCUGCGGCAGGCGCGGGGGAUAACCUGCCUCUGCUGCUCCGCGCCUCCUCGCCCCACUCGGGCACCUUCCGGACUCAUUCCUCACCACUGUCCUCCGCCGCCUCCUCCCGGCAGGGCAGCCAGCUGAACGUCAGCGAGUUCACCCCCUCCAGCCAUGCCGGCGCGUCCAGGCAGCACCAUCAGUACGCCCAGUACCACCAGUGCCACAGCCUGCAGCAGCAGCAGGCAGCCAGCCCUAGCAGCAGUAUCAGCAGUGGCAGCACCCACCACUACCAUCACCACCAUCAUCUCCACCACCACCACCAGCGCCGGGAGAGCAACCCCUUCACCGAAAUAGCCAUGAGCAGCUGCAGGUACAACGGCGGCGUCAUGCGGCCGCUCAGCAACCUGAGCUCGUCCCGCAGGAACCUACAAGAGCUGGACUCCGAGUCGCAGCCGCUCCAGCAGCCGCUCGCCAGCCCCGCCGCCGCGGCCGGCACGGGCACUGCCGCUGCCCCGGAGAUCGUGGUCUCCAAGCCCGAGCACAACAACUCCAACAACCUGGCGCUCUACGGCCCCGCCGGCCCUGGUCCCGGACCUGGGCCCGGCCCUGGCCCGGGCAGCACCAACAACGGCGGGGGCAAGUCCAGCAAGAAGAAGAACCAGAACAUCGGCUACAAGCUGGGGCACCGCCGGGCGCUCUUCGAGAAGCGCAAGCGCCUCAGUGACUACGCGCUCAUUUUCGGCAUGUUCGGCAUCGUCGUCAUGGUCAUCGAGACCGAGCUAUCCUGGGGCGCCUACACCAAGGAGUCGCUGUAUUCCCUUGCUCUGAAAUGCCUUAUUAGCCUCUCCACGAUUAUCCUGCUCGGGCUCAUCAUCGUGUACCAUGCAAGGGAAAUCCAGUUGUUCAUGGUGGACAAUGGAGCAGAUGACUGGAGAAUAGCCAUGACUUAUGAGCGUAUUUUCUUUAUCUGCUUGGAAAUAUUGGUGUGUGCUAUACAUCCCAUACCUGGGAACUAUACAUUCACAUGGACAGCCCGGCUCGCCUUUUCUUACGCUCCGUCCACAACAACAGCUGAUGUGGAUAUUAUUUUGUCUAUACCAAUGUUCUUAAGACUGUAUCUUAUUGCCAGAGUUAUGCUUUUGCAUAGCAAACUUUUCACUGAUGCCUCGUCUAGAAGCAUUGGAGCAUUAAAUAAGAUAAACUUCAAUACCCGUUUUGUUAUGAAGACUCUAAUGACAAUAUGUCCAGGAACUGUACUGUUGGUUUUUAGUAUCUCAUUAUGGAUAAUUGCUGCAUGGACUGUCCGAGCUUGUGAAAGGUACCAUGAUCAACAGGAUGUUACUAGCAACUUUCUUGGAGCAAUGUGGUUGAUUUCAAUAACUUUUUUAUCCAUUGGAUAUGGUGACAUGGUACCUAAUACAUACUGUGGGAAAGGAGUCUGUUUACUCACUGGAAUAAUGGGUGCUGGGUGUACUGCACUGGUGGUAGCUGUCGUGGCAAGGAAGUUAGAACUUACCAAAGCUGAAAAACAUGUGCAUAAUUUCAUGAUGGACACCCAGCUAACUAAAAGAGUGAAAAAUGCAGCGGCCAAUGUACUCAGGGAAACAUGGUUAAUUUAUAAAAACACAAAGCUGGUUAAAAAGAUAGACCAUGCAAAAGUAAGGAAACAUCAACGCAAAUUCUUGCAAGCUAUUCAUCAAUUAAGAAGUGUAAAAAUGGAACAAAGAAAACUGAAUGAUCAAGCCAACACUUUGGUGGACCUGGCAAAGACUCAAAACAUCAUGUAUGACAUGAUUUCUGACUUAAAUGAAAGAAGUGAAGAUUUUGAGAAGAGAAUUGUUACUCUGGAAACUAAACUGGAAACUUUAAUUGGUAGCAUCCAAGCUCUCCCUGGACUGAUUAGCCAGGCAAUCAGCCAGCAACAGAGGGAUUUCCUCGAGGCUCAGAUACAAAAUUAUGAUAAGCAUGUUGCCUACAGUGCUGAACGAUCACGAUCUUUGUCAAGAAGAAGGAGAUCAUCCUCUACAGCACCACCAACUUCAUCAGAGAGUAGCUAGAAGAGAAUAAGUUAACCACAAAAUAAAGACUUUUUGCCAUCAUAUGGUCAAUAUUUUAGCUUUUAUUGUAAAGCCCUAUGGUUCUAACCAGUGUUAUCUGGGUUCUGAUGUCAGAGUCCUAGAAACCUGAACAUGUUUUAGGCCAAAAUGAGUGAAAACUCUUCUUUUUUCCCCCGUCCUCCUCUCAGAUGCACAGUGAAUGCACCUAUUACUGCUAUAUUAGAUUGUUCUUUCUGUAAUUUCACUAACUUUUUAAUCAUGCACUUCAAACAAAUUUUACUACCACAGUAUAUAAUAUAAUAAAAAGGUUAAUUUCUGCA